CUAACCCCCCAAAAAAAAGCCCAUUCCUUAUUUCCUUCCCACCCCAAAUUCUCUCUCUUCCUCAAAUCCAAAAGUAGUAACCUCAUUUUCACCACCACUUUCCAUAAACAAACAUUUAAAUUUAAUUUCAAUCAAAAGUAAAAUUACAAAAAUGCCCAAAUCAUCCGUACUACUCCACCGUAUCACCACCAACACCCACCCCACCACCACUUCACCAUUCUCCCACCUCCACCCAAAACCCCUCUCUAUUCCGCCGUUAUCUCCCCCGGGUUUCGAAGUCCCCGACGACGUCGUUCGCUACCACGCUCAAUCCGUCAACUCUCACCAGUGCUCCUCCGCCGUCGUCCAAGAGAUCUCCGCCCCUGUCUCCACCGUCUGGUCCGUCGUCCGCCGCUUCGACGCUCCUCAACUCUACAAACACUUCGUUCGGAGCUGUGACGUCAUCUCCGGUAACGGUGACGUCGGCACUCUCCGCCGUGUUCGCGUCGUCUCCGGUCUCCCCGCCGCUACCUCCGAUGAACGGCUCGAGAUCCUCGACGACCACCGCCACGUCAUCUCCUUCUCCGUCGUUGGUGGGGACCACCGCCUCUCUAACUACCAGUCGGUCACGUCGUUGCACCCGGCAGUCGGCGAUACCGGCGAAGAAUCUACCCUUGUCGUGGAAUCAUACGUGGUGGAUACGCCGGCGGGGAACACGAAAGAGGAGACGUGCGUGUUUGUUGAUACAAUUGUUCGGUGCAAUCUUCAAUCGUUGGCUCAGAUCGCCGAAGGAAGAGGGAGAGAUGACAAGAAGAAUUCCUCCGGAUCUUAAAAUUUUAAUUAGGUUUUUUUUUUUUCUUUUAAUUUUUCUCUCACAACUUUUGAUAUGAUAUGAUACCACCAUCAAAUGCGAUCUCGAGGAAUUCAAGCUCGGUCUUGAGAGAAGACUGUCCUAACUUUGGUGUAUUAUAAUCUCGAGGAAUUGAAAUGAAAGACAAAUGACAAUCGAUCGACAGCGUUUUCGACAACCAAAUGGGGUGAUGAACUGAUGAUGAUAUAUAAAUUUUUUUUUGUGUUGUUGAUCGGAGUACAAAUUUAAGCUCUUAUAAUUUACCCUUUUUAUUCCCAAUUUUUGAAUUUGUCAAAAAAACAAAGAUUGAUGAUACAUAGAACAUAGCUCUAGUUUUUGUUGUACUUAAUUUCUUUCUUCCUUUUUUCUUUAAUGUAUUUCUUUGAUGCAUGCCUUUUGAUUUUGGGGUUCAUGCUUUCGUCAAUUUUCGAUUACUCGUAUUAUGUUUACCUUUUAGUUAGGGUAAGCUCAAAUUUGUACAUACUCUCUUCUAUUCUCAUGCUUACAAUUCUAGAAUGAAUAUAUUAGAUUUUAAUUCA